CGGCGCUGCCGCCGUGCGGCGUCGGGGAGCGCCCCGCAACGGCUGGCGCGGGGUCCGCUGCGUCGCUCCUCGGGCGCGGCGCUGCCCGAGCCCUUCGCUCCCUGCCUCCCUCCCUCCCUGCCUCCCCUCGCCCCGGGCCGCGGCGCUAUGGCCGCUUCCGAUGCCGGUGGGCAGCCGCAAAAUGAAGGCUAUCGAACUUUAUCCUUGUCUGGGCAUGCUGGUUUUGAUAGUUUACCUGAUCAACUGGUUAAAAAGGCCAUCAAACAGGGCUUCUCCUUCAACAUUCUUUGCAUUGGGGAAACUGGAAUUGGGAAAUCAACUUUGAUGAACAGUUUGUUUAAGACCCAUUUUGAUGACCCCGUGUCAACACAUUUUCUGCCAAGUGUACAACUUAGAGCCCAGACUUAUGGCCUCCAGGAAAGUAAUGUUCUUUUGAAGCUGACCAUUGUACAUACAGUGGGCUUUGGUGACCAGAUAAAUAAAGAAGAUAGCUAUCAGCCAAUAGUGGAUUAUAUAGAUGCACAAUUUGAAGGCUAUCUCCAGGAAGAACUGAAAAUUAAACGUUCUUUAUCUGGCUACCAUGAUACUCGCAUCCAUGUCUGCCUCUAUUUCAUUUCACCUACAGGCCAUUCCCUAAAAAACCUAGACUUGUUAACCAUGAAAGGACUAGACAGAAAGGUGAACAUUAUACCAAUUAUAGGCAAAGCAGACAGCAUUUCUAAAACUGAACUACAGACGUUCAAGAACAAAAUCAUGAGUGAAUUAGUUAGUCAUGGCAUCCAGAUAUACCAGUUUCCAACUGAUGAUGAAACCAUUUCCAAAACUAAUACCAUCAUGAAUGGGCAUUUGCCAUUUGCUGUAGUAGGAAGUACGGAAUUUGUGAAAAUUGGAAACAAAACGGUGAGAGCUCGUCAGUACCCUUGGGGCAUUGUAGAAGUGGAAAAUGAGAACCACUGUGACUUUGUAAAGCUUCGUGAGAUGCUUAUUUACACAAAUAUGGAAGACAUGAGAGAACAGACUCAUGCACGACAUUAUGAGUUGUACAGACGGUGCAGACUGGAGGAGAUGGGCUUCAGAGAUGUUGGCCCUGAGAACAAACCAGUCAGUCUACAGGAAGCAUAUGAGGCAAAGAGGCAUGAGUUCUACCUUGAGCUGCAAAGAGAAGAGGAGGAGAUGAGACAACGAUUUGUGCAGAGAGUGAAGGAGAAGGAAGCAGUAUUGAAAGAAGCAGAGCACCAGAUACAGACUAAAUUUGAAAAUCGUAUGCAAAUGCAUCAAGAAACGAAAGUGAAGUUAGAGAAAAAGAAAAAAGUCCUAGAAGAUGAAAUAGCUGCGUUUCUUGAAAAGAAAGCUAAUGCUGAAUUACUCAAAUCACAAGCAUCUGCCUCUACCCCUGUUGUUAGUUCGAAGAGAGACAAGGACCGCAAAAAUUCCAGCUUUAUGUAAUACUGAUGAUAGAAGAAACAGUAUUGAUAAUUUCUCUCAAGGAAGCAAUGCAUCAUGGUGUGAUUUUGGAGGUGUGGGUGUUGCAGUUUCUUACAAAAGGAUUUGGAAAAUAUCUCUUGUUGCUACAUGCUGCAAAGGAAGAAUUCUUAAGUAUGAUCUCUACGCAUACAGUGUGGCAAUGACUGUCAUUGUCAUAAUGGGUUUUGUAUUAUGAGUGUGGCUUGAUACACGCUUGCCUUACAGACAUGUUGCCAACUUGCUUUCAUUCUAAGUGCAUUGUACCAAAGAAAAUGUCCCUGCCAUAAACAGUUCCAUUCAUAAUAUGAAUGCUGUAGUACAAAAGUAUUCAGUGAAUGUAUCCACUAUAACCUUUCUAAAGAGUUCUUUUCAUAUUGUGUCGUAUAUUAGUCUAUUUUAAUAUUAUUUACAAUACAACUGUUGACAUAAUUCAAUAAUUUACUGAUUUUCUUGACAGAUUUUUUUAGAGGCUUUUGUGUACAAGUACUGUUCUAAAUUUCAGAUGUGAUUUUUCUAGUCAAAAUCCAUGGAAAUGUUUUGGCAGUGCUGUUGUAUGAUAGUUCAUCUUACAUUACUAACUUAAUAUGGAAAGUACCUGUAAUUUUGUUUGCUUGUGACUCUGGUGUUCAGUUACAGCAGAGGCUGAGCUUUAGAAAAAACUUAACUACAAGAACUUCUGGUUAAAACAAGUUUAAAAUGUUUUUUAUAUUUUCAGUACCCAUGGUAACUAAUGGAAACCUAUAAAAGAUGCACUUCUCUGAAGUUCUGUCACCGUUUGACUCAGGUCUGACAACAAUGCUCUCGAUCCCCUCCCCCUCCCACCCAGGUAGGGAAUGAGAGAGAGAAAAAGAGAGAGACUUGGCUGGAUUGAAAACUAAACUGCACAGCUUUAAUUAAACACUAAUGAUAUAAGAAAAUAUAUAUAAUUCUAUACAAAUAUGUUCAGGUAUGUGCAAAAGUCUCUUGCCUCACGCCCAGCAACUCCCACAGCACUCCCCUCAGCUGCGAAUGGUCCCGAAAAGUUCCAGACUGCUGCUGGAGGGAGCACAGAGUGAUGAGGGUCAGGAGAGCUCAAGCCCAGGGGACAACGGUGAUGGAUGGACAGAGUCCUCCCUGGAUGCUGGCAACAGAUGGAAGAGAAGGGAAGAAGAAGAAGCAGGAAGGAAGUUGUCUUCUGUGAUCUCUUCCUCUGAGCGUACGUAGAUAUAUGGAAUGGAAUAUCUCUGGCCAGUUUUGCUGUCUAACUCAGCCUCCUACGGGGGGGGCAUAGAUCUCCCCAUAGUGUCUGAGCCGGCAGAGUGAAGGUGUGACCUUGAAGACCCAGCAGUUAGAAAAACAUCCCACUGUUACCAGUCUUAGUUGGAACACUCUGGUACUAGUUAAAAAAAAAAGCUUACUGAAGAAAAAAAGAAAUCAGUAGAAGGAAAAUUGGCUUCAUCCUGGCUCAAACCAGGACAAGUUCUUUUUGUGCAGCUCUUAAAAAAUAAAAUACUAACUUGUUGGAGAUAAAA